GCACAGCAAUGGAGAACUUGAAUGUCCCGUUCCCAGACCUUACUGAAGAACAGCAAGACAUUUUCCAGAGGGUUUUUACUGCUGAUGUCAAUUACUUGGAGAACAAUGAGAAAAUGAACCAGUCCUUCUGGGAAUCACUUGUCAAAUGUUUGGCCACCACUGACCCACCUAUCCUGAAUACUGAAGAAAAGAAUGAUCUCCUCAAGAGCUGCGGUGUCCUGCCUGGAGCCUGCGCAGCCUGCCUGAAAGCCAUAGAGCGGAAAGGAAUUGGGGCAAUGGCAGUCCUUUACCUCUUACUGAAGACAACCAACCCAUCUGGAUACAGGCAGCUGCCCAGCUCCAAGGGGAAGGAUGAAAAAUUGAAACUCCUGAAGAGACUGGAAAGGAAUCUCCUGCUUUCACAAGGAGAAAAAGAGGCUGAACACUCAUCCCAUGAAUCCAUGGAUGAAGAUACACAAGACAUUGAUGGGGAAGAUUUAGGAAGACAGAAGACUGAAGGCAAAUUACUUGGAGGUGCACCGGCAGAGGUUGUUCCCUCUAGAGGUUCAGCAUAUGAGAAGAAGAACACUCACCUCCAUCAGUGGGCAGUACGGUGGAUGGGCAUACGGAAGGAUGAUGAAUUCUUUCACUUUGUCAUUCUUUGCUUUGCAAUUGGAGCUUUACUAAUUUGCUACUACUACUACAAAGACUGGACUAUUUCUCUUGGAAUUGGUUUAAUCACCUUUGCUUCCCUGGAAACCACUGGGAUAUACUUUGGUCUAGUGUAUCGAAUUCGGAGCAUACUUGACAGUUUUGUUCCUCUGAUUGACAAGCUCAGGCUACCAGGUAUGAGGAAAGCUGCCUAG